AUGCGUACUGAGCUUAUUGAGGCGGACACCAUCGAUGAAGCUACCAAACGAAUUCUCAAAGAAUUGAAGGAGGACGCUGCUGGUACUGCUAGCAGCAGCAGCAGCAGGCGCAAUGUCAUCUACUUUGACGGCUGGGAUGGGCUGGGGGCAUCCGCCGUCCUCCGAGAAGUAGGCCGACGCCUCACCGCAGCUGCUUCAGAAGAGGAACCGGAACCGGCACCGGCUGGAAGGAGAGUCCCUGCUGCCGCCGUUCUGGAGUUCGCGCAUAUCUUCCACAUCGACUGCUCCAAAUGGGAGAGCAGGAGAGCGAUGCAGAGGAUAAUCGCAGAGCAGGUUGAGCUUCCCGCUCCGGUGAUGGACAAGCUCGAUGCUGAAGAUGAGGCAGACGAUUUCCAAGGCUUGGCCAAUGGCUCCCGCGCCGAGAUACAGGGGGUGUCUGAGGCGAUAUCUGAACACAUACGGAAGCUGAACCGCAGGUUCGUGGUGAUUUUUCACAACGGGAGCAACGAGGAGAUAGAUCUUGACAGCUUCGGCAUUCCUGUAUCCGCCCGAUACUCGAGGAACAAGGUAUUGUGGUCAUUCCAAGGGAGGUUCCGGCUCUACCCAAGGAUGAAGGUCGAUAUGGCCCUCAAGGGCACUAGCACGAGGACAGAUGUUGUUCUCUCAGCCUCAGCAGCAGCAACCGCCUCCAAAGGUGACUUGUCUGACAUCUUGAACCAUGAGGCUGCAGAAGUUGCAUCGCAGAUCAAUAUUGGUGGCAUCGACUGGUCUGCGGCAGCCACCAAUUGCUUCUUGUACACCAUGAACCUUUGUGGCAUCGGUAGUCGCUUGAGCGACUAUGACUUGGUGAACCAUGGCUGCAACUACUGGACAUGUGAUGGCAUCAUACAGCUACAGCAGGGAGAUGUUGGCACUGAUGGUGAUGAAUCAUUGUGGCUAUUUUCGGAUGCUCUGCAGCGCGAGAUGAGACUAGAUACGGACUACCAAAAUCCAUACGUGCCAUCUCCGGUGGUAAAGCAUUUUCCGGAGCGCAUAUCAUACUGGUCUUCGCCAAUCUACGGGUUCACCCUGAUUCCGGACCAUCACCAGUAUAGAUGCAUUCCUAAAGGCAUGUUCCAACAACUCGACAAGCUUCAUGUCCUCAAGAUAUCAGCAUGCGAGUUCAGCUUCACAUCGCCACCGUUCCUCUACUGCAACAAUCUUAGGUUUCUGUGGCUUGACCACUGCAAGCAGGGAAGCAGCAGCACAGAUGAAGUAGCGGACGAGGAGGACCUCCGCCGUUGCUUCCAAAGGAUGUGGGUGCUGGACGUGCGCUACCCACCAACUUCUGACUUCUUGCCCGCAAGGAUGAUGGAUUUCAUGACUCAACUCAGGGAGCUGAACGUGGUCGGAGACAGCUAUCUGGGAUUGGAUCGUCUGUUGGAUGGGCGGCGACUGCGCAACAUCCGGAAGCUCCGAGUAACAGAUUCUGGUAUCCAAUGCCGCAUAGACCGGCCGACAGACUUGUUCUCGGGUAUGGACAAGUUGGAGCUUCUUGAGUUCUCCAGAAACCGUGCCAUAUUCAUGAUGGAUAGUUUGUCUGUGGAAAGCAGCUGCAGCAGCCUUGAGACUGUCAUUAUUGACGGAUCCUUUGGUUUACACGCCAGGAGGGAAAGAUACAUGGCUCAUCUACGCAUCGACACCACCCAAAAGGUGGGCACUACUAUAGGUGGAAGAUCAGCACCUGCUGAAUUUGACUGGCAUAUUUCUGUAAGGGAUACAAGGCUCCUUGGCUCGCUUGAGCCCAUCAAAGAUUAUUUCGAUUCCUAUUGUGCACAUGUGGAGAUUUCAACAGUUUCAUCCCCUGCUCAUCCUGGCGUUCCUGCUGCUACCGCAAUUGCUACCAACAAAGGUGGAACUGAGAACGGCAGGCAGCAAAUGGAAGUAAACCUGCAGCACCAGCAACUGCUUAAAGAUAAUGCACUAAACCCAUAUGUCGCCGUCACCCUUAAGUACACCAGCAUGCAGCAGCAGGAUAAAGAAGGCGACUACGAUGUUUGGGAGGAGACCAUGUGUGCAUGUCCUCCUCCCCCAUGUGUGCCAUCCCAAGGUUGCUACGUGCACAUAGAAGACCAGAUGGGGACCACAUUACAAAAUGCAAGCAUAACAGUACCAGGAUUUAUAUGUGAGAGUGCUAAGAUCUUGCAUGUGCACGAUAGCUUGUUCAUCACCAGUGGUGCAGAGUCGAGUGGUGCAACGACAUGGAACCAGUUGGAGUGGUGCAGAGUCGAGCGGUGUCCCAAGUUGAAGUGUGUCUUCACUUCUGAAAAAAUUAGAGGAGGUAGUGAAAUCGGUGUGGAUGUGUUUAAGAAGCUGAGGACACUCUGGGCGUCGCAUCUCCUCAAUGCACGCUACAUCUGGAACUGGUGUGCUGUAUUUGGAUUCGAAGAUAGAGCGUUUACGGACCUGACAUUAUUGCACCUCAGCCACUGCCCAAGGAUGACAUAUGUUGUAUCCUUGCAUGAUGCCAUGAGGGCCUUGGAAAGUUUGGAGACCCUCGAGAUCAUGUGGUGUGGUGACCUCAGUGUGGUCUUCGGUUUCUCUGAGAUCGGCGAUUAUUGGUCACAUGGAGGUCGAUGGCACUUCCCUAAACUGAAGCGUAUCCACUUGCACGAGCUCCCCAAGCUGCAGCGCAUCUGUAGUAUUGGGUCAAAUAUGUACGCACCCAAUCUCGAAACCAUCAAGAUCAGGGGCUGCUGGAGCUUUAAGAGGCUGCCAAUCAUUGGCGACAACAAGGUGGUGGAGUGCGACUGCGAGAAGGAACUGUGGGACAGGAUGGAGUGGGACUCCUUUGUGCAGCCCAAACACUACAAGCCGCUCCACUCGCGGUACUACAAGAAGACCAUGCUCAGAACCUCAGUCCUCAGGUGA